GGAUGGUGGAAAGCUGAAGCACCAAAUGCCAAAAUGAGUGUGACGUCUUGGUUCUUGGUGAGCAGCGCUGGCAUCCGACACCGGCUUCCCCGGGAGAUGAUCUUUGUCGGCCGAGAAGAUUGUGAACUGAUGCUCCAGUCUCGCAGUGUGGAUAAGCAGCAUGCGGUCAUCAACUACGACAAGGAGAAAGAUGAGCAUUGUGUCAAGGACCUGGGAAGCUUAAAUGGGACUUUUGUGAAUGACGUACGGAUCCCCGACCAGAAAUACAUCACGUUGAAACUGAACGACGUAAUCCGCUUCGGCUACGAUGCUAACAUGUAUGUGUUGGAACAGAUCCAACACAAGGUCCCAGAAGAAGCAUUAAAGCAUGAGAAAUACACCAGCCAGCUUCAGAUGAGUUUUAAAGGAAUGGCCAUGAAACGGGCGGAGCAGCUGAUGGAACAUGGUGGAGAGACCGAAUCGCCACAAGCCAAGCUGGAGAAAGGUGACAAGAAAGCAGUUACAGAGACGACAACGAGUACGUACCGCACGCCCCUUUAUGGCCAGCCAUCAUGGUGGGGUGAGGAUGAUGCCAAUAAUAAGUUGGAGACCUCGGAUGAUAGGAGGCAAGAAGAACAUUAUUCAGAAAGAACAAAAGAAAUAGUCCAACACGAAGAAGAAAUCAACGGUAACAUCAGUGGCUACAGAGAUUCUCAAGGCGACUCCGUGUAUGCCUUCCGGAGAGAACCCAGUUAUUUCGAAAUCCCGACAAAAGAAUUCCAGCAGCCGGUGAAAUCUCCAGAGGCGCAAGUCCACGAGAUCCCCACCAAGGAUGUUGACGCGGCAGUGCUGCCUGUCGUGCAAAGCCAUGCCUCUUUCACCAUUGAGUUCGACGACUGCACUCCGGGCAAAAUCAAGAUAAAAGAUCACGUAACUAAAUUUUCACUCAGGCAGAGAAGGAACCUCAGCAAGGAAGCUGGCCACACCGAGAUGAUUUCGGUGGAGAACAAAGUGGCCGACUGGCUGGUACAGAAUGACCCCUGCCUCAUGAGAAGGCAGGCGGUGGGAGAUGAUGUCUACAGCACCAAAAGCGACCUCCCGGUGCACGUGAGAACUCUGAAAGGUAACAGACACGAAGACGGAACACAGAGCGAUUCGGAAGACCCAGUUGCACCCAAACCUGAAAAGGAGUCAGCUGUCCACGACCACAUGGGCGAGCAAUCCAAACUCCAGCGGCAAAUUCGGCGCGACCCUCAGGAAAUGCUUCACAACCAGCAAGCGUUCGUCAUCGAGUUCUUCGACGAUGACACGCCUCGGAAGAAGAGGUCGCAGUCUUUCACGCACAGUGGCCACGCCACCCAGAAUGAAGUGGAUGCUGCCCUGAAGACCAAGGUUGAGAAACGAAAAAUUACCGUCCCCGCUGAGAAACCAGGGAGUUCAGCACCAUCAUCAUACCUGGCCCCUGGAGGAACGAAAGGGCCAAGCCCUUUCAACACUCCACGAGCUGGCUCCUUUAAGAGGGAGAAGACAGAGGAACGGAUCAGCUCUUCCUCAUCCUCCACGUCAAGGUCUUCAGUAAAAAAUCAUGGCAGUGCCGGGCGGAAGUCAAAAAUUGCACAGGAUUUUGCUGCCGAAUGCCUGAAAGAGAGCUCUCAAGCCGUGAAAGCUGUGGAGAAGCCGCCUCCUAUGCCUGCACCGCUCACCCCACGGGUGGUAGUACCCUCACCACCUGAAACCGUCCCUGCGCCUAUUGUCGAUCCUAACUUGGUCAAAGCUAGGAAGCACGAGGAAGAGGACAGCUUGAGUGAAACAGGCACAUACACCAUUGAGACCGAAUCGCAAGAUAAAGAAGUGGAAGAGGCUCGGAAAAUGAUCGAUCAGGUUUUUGGUGUUUUGGAGUCUGCUGAAUUGUCCAAAAUGUCUUCGCCAGCCUUCAGGCCAGUGAUUAAAGGCGAAAAAGAAGAACUGGGGGCCCAUCAUUUGAUCAAUGAAAACGGCUCAAGCCCAAGGGUGACUAUGAUGCAGGUCAUUGCGUCCAAAGUGGCAAGCGGACAACACAUAGAUACGCAGCUUCCACCAGCAUCUCAAGGUGGCCAGAAAUGGGUGUCCAGAUGGGCAAGCCUGGCAGAUAGCUACACAGACACAGGAUCUGCUCCAGGACUUGGAGACAUCCAGCAGCAGGGCUCCCUUUCUCAGGCUGGCGCUGAAAAGGAUUCUGUUCCAAAAAUGGGAGAAUCGGAGACCUCUGUGGCUUCACGGACAAGGCGCCUUCUUCCUCAGCUCCCACCGGGGGACAAGCCUGAAAGUCCAACUCCGCCCAUUUUGAUCUGCCCGGAUUCCUAUUCUGAUGCUUCUCCAAGGAACGCUGCGAAUGAUCCCAGGGCAGAAAUCUACGUUGAUCCUUCCGGUCGGCUGCUCAUUCAAGAAGAUCUGGACCCUGACAGCCUUAGCGAUGCCAGCAAAUCUGACGACGGUUUUGGCUUGGACAAAGGAAGGAAAUGCCAAGACAAGCAGGAGCAAGUGAGGCCUGAGCAUGGAAAACCCCAAAACCGUCAGCAAGCUGUCCCCAGGCUGUCAAGCCUGAGAGCUUCAAGUGAUCCAUUGUCCACCUCGUUUUAUAUCGGGGACGAGGAGGAGGCAGGAGUUCCUUCCAAGCUUUCCCCAAGCGCCUCUCAUUCUCGAGCAGACAAAGAAGACGCUGCCUUCCCGCCUGUCAAGACAGCUGUUAAAGGCAUUAGCAAUAGCUAUGUCAGCUCAAAUGGAAAAAUGGUCAUUUCCUUACACUCGAGUCUUCCUGUUCAAGAACAAGGAGCAGCCACGAAAGAAAGCGCGUCCUUUGUCCGGCAAGAAAGUUUUACCAAAGAGAAAUCCAGCAGCAGCGUUUCUCAAAACAGGUUGCCUCAUAUUUCUAGCCACCCUCUGCUUAAAGAUCUCGACGUGGCGCGAGCAAACCGCAUGGACUAUAAUCCGGACACUCAUCUUCUUCUUAAAGACACGGAAACGGCUCUGGCAGCCCUGGAGGCCAAAUUACUCUGUCAAACACAGCAGCUCGAUGCUCCAGAAAGUACGCCAGGGCCGUUGGAUGACUCCUUAUCUGGGGACUCUGACGUGGACACGGCAAGCACUGUAAGCUUGGUCAGCGGUAAAAACGUCCCCACCCACCCGCCAAAGCGUAAAGCUGCGACGGCCUCACCAAAAGAGAAAUCCUCUUCUGCACUGUCGAUCCAAGAGCAGAACGUUCAACCAAGCGCACGCGAAAGGCUUUCGGAGAAACGCAAGACCGUUCCAUCAGAGUCGGGAAACAAAGGGGAAACGACAAAGCGCUUCCAAGUCAAGCGUUGCGCAGGGACUGGAGGGUCUCAGGAUUAUACAGAUGAUGAACGCUGUACCAGCCUCCCCUACCUGCCAGUGACCGAAACCGUCUCCUCCGAUCAAGAACAGUCCAUCUCGAGGCCUCUCACCAAAAAGAAGCCUUUCUCGCAGGCCACCAAAGAAGACUACAGCAAAGUCACUCCGACGGUGCAGAAGAUCCAGCAAGUUCUCACGAGGUCCAAUAGCUUAUCUACCCCGAGACCGACGAGAGCCUCGAAACUUCGGCGCGCCCGAUUGGGGGACACCUCAGACAAUGAGAGCGCUGACACCGAGAAAACGACGUCUCACCCUGAAGGGACGGCAGCAUCUCCCAAACCGCCUGCUGAGCCCAAGAAGCUUUCAAGGCUCGACAUCCUCGCCAUGCCAAGGAAACGGGCAGGAUCCUUCAAUGUUCCGAGUGAUUCGGAGAGCACACCGCCAAGACCAACCUUCUCGGGGCGCAGUGCAGAGUCGUAUUACGCCACCCGAAAGCCGCCUGUCUCAGAAGCCAGAAAUGCUGCUAGAAAGACCGCAGCGGCAAUAGCUACCUCCAAGCAGCCUUUCACCAGAACGCGCCCCAGCAGUAUCAAAUAUUCGUCUUCUUCCACUUCGAGGCGGCGGCAGCAGGGUUCAGAUUAUACCUCUACUUCCGAGGAGGAGUAUGGCUCAAACCACAGCUCCCCUAAACACAAACGCUCCCAUACUUCAACAGCCACCCAGACGCCCAGGCCGCGAGGUGCCGGCCUGAGCAAACAGAAGCGCAGCAGCAGCCGAGAGACAGAAGAGGAAGAUUAUGACGAACGCGACCCCUACAACUUCAUUGCGCAGACGGCGGAGAUCGCAGAAAUAGCCAGAUUAAGCCAGACUUUGGUGAAGGACGUUGCGAUCCUGGCUCGAGAGAUUCACGACGUUGCUGGGGACGGUGAUUCCCAGAGCUCCUCGGGACCUAGCACUUCCCUCAGUUCUGUGCCGAAUACCCCCGCUUCUACCAUAUCAGCCAGGGAAGAGUUUCAGCUGGACUUUUUAUUACCUCUGGUGCAGCACAUCCCCGAAGCGAGCCUGAACUACCAGAAGGUGCCUCCCGGAUCGACGGGGUUCAGCGAUUUCGACCAAAACAUGAACGAUAGCCGGGAAGAGGAUCUCACGAGAAAAACCAGGAUGAGGAACAGGGAUGAGGUAAUUUUUGACAACCUGAUGCUCAACCCAGUCUCCCAGUUAUCUCACACCAUCCGUGAAAAUACAGAAACCCUGGCUGAGAAAAUGAAGCUCCUUUUCCAGAAUACCGAGCGGACGUGGGAGGAGAUGGAGGCCAGAAUUAACUCUGAAAAUGAAGUGCCAAUUCUGAAGACCUCAAACAAGGAGAUCAGCUCAAUUCUGAAGGAGCUAAGAAGAGUCCAGAAACAACUUGAAGUUAUAAACGCCAUCAUCGAUCCCAGCGGAAACCUGGAUAUGAUCGCCAAUAAUAAAACCUCUUCUAUGACCACCCAAUCCGCGGCAGCUAAAGUCAGGACUGCUAAUAGCCUUUCUGGGUCCCCGAUGGAGGCGUUGUCUCCCAUUAAGAAGAGGAAUUACGUGCAGAAAUCGAACUUUGGCCCUUCUAAUCUGCAGGAUGCAAGCUUUGUUCCAGAUGGGGAGAAAUAUGUGAUCUAAAUAGAAUAUUUUCUAUCGCUUAUCCCUCUUGUAUGUAACUUAAACUGUGGUGUUAGUA